UUAAUUAGUGCGUCUGCACUGACUUGGUUUCCAGUCCGGGUCAUUUCAUGCCAUUGUUCGAUAUUACUCAGCUUUACAUUUCAAGAUAUCCUCUUCCAGUUAUUGCAGCCUACAUCAACAUCUGUUCACAUUCUUUACCCACAGGCAUCGAGAGAAGAUCAGAAACCGAGUAAGAGAGCUGGCCUAGAUUCAAUAACUAGAUUCUUCAGAAUGUUCGACACAUAGGCUUUACUGCUCUCAGCAUAGCUUUGUGCUAGUGAAUGUUACAGAGCGAUCGAAGAGAACUUGCGAUUUUUGACACAGGAGGCAGGGCCAAGCUAACGCAAAAAGAUACCUGGCGCUUCUGGGAGAGGGAAGUACAGCGUUUGACAGUGGUGAAGUUGUGCGUUUCCGGGCACUAGUGCUGCGUGAGGGCAUUUCUACGUGCUCCCGGUUUUCAUGAUGCCCACGCAGACACGCGACCUCUCUGCAGAUCUGUCAAGAAGCACUUUAGGAAGUGGAGUCCACGGCUGGGGCUCAUACGAGGAUGCAAUCCUGAGAGACAUCUGUGCUGCGCUUUAAACUUGCAGAAAUUGCGAUUUGGCUGGACUUCAGCAGGCACGCCAGUGCAGGAAAAAAAAUCAAUAUUUAGCUUGACGUAGGCUUUGGAUUCCAAGACAAACGCAAUUAACAUUCGUUACACUCUGAGCAUUGCAUUCUUCGUGCGCCUACACAACAUUUGCGACUCACUACGGCGAACAGCAUGUCAGUUUGCCAGCAGUUUGUAAAAAAACUGGUUGACAACAUUAUACCACGCAGCAUCUGAAUCAUCUGCACUUGCUUUUAAUGGACGAGAAGCGCACAAUUUGGCCAGAUGCAUGCAUACGUAUGUGCGUUUGGAUGAAGAAGGGGCCUCUAUUUUGCAGUCUUUGAAAUGGUAAAUAACGAUUCGCGAACACUACAAUGCAUCGAAUUCUGCAGCGGAGAAAAAUACGCAAACUUCGGUUUGUAUGGGCAGCCAUGGCGGUGUUCGCAAUGGUGCUCGCUUUGUGCAGUGCCCUGUUUACAGUCUGGACAUGGCGACAAACUAGGGACCUGUCCUUAUCUUUCACAACUCUGCAAGAGCGCCUGGAGCAAGUGAACACCCAACGCAGAGAGAUCGUCCAGCUCAUCCUCGAGAAGAGAGAGAUCCUGGAGGGCCGGAGGCUGAAGAGACAAGCGGGGACAGGAAAAGGGAAAAAUGGAGGCUUUCGAAAAGUGGCGUCCCAUUUUGAAAUAACCAAGACGUCCUUUCAGAGCGUGGGUGAAGAAGGUUUCAUUAAGGGAUGGGAAGAGGAAACCCUCAACAUGAGCAAGGCAGUGACAUACAGAGCGGAGACGGGCACCUUCAAAGUGGAGCGCACUGGGGUCUACUUCCUCUACUGUCAGGUGCACUUCAACGAGAAUCAGAGCCAGUACGUGAAGCUGGAGGUGUCGGUCACGGGCGGCCCAUCCCUGCAGUGCAUCGAGGGGUACGGGACCACCCCGUCCUCUGGGUCUCAUAUGUUCCACUUCCUGAAGCCGUGCCAGGUGUCAGGCCUGCUGAGGCUCACCAAGGGUGCGGAGCUCCGGGCCAAGACAGCCCCCAACCUCAUCCUGAAGAACAACGGCAAACACUACUUUGGGCUGUUCAAGAUCAAUUGAGCGGAUCGGUGGAGACGUUUGACAGUGGUCGUUUAAAAGAUCAACUGAAAGAGAGAGGGAGAGAGAGAGAGAGAGAGAGAGAGACAGAGGGAGAAAGAGAGAGCGAGAGAGAUGGUGCAAGCCUUGUCCUGUGUCUUUAAAGAGAUUAACCUUCAAAACUCUUAUGCACUUACGUUUGGAUUUCAGUUCCUGGAGAAGUAGGGAAGCUUUGUGGGGGAGGUAUAACUCUUCCUGGUCGACUGAGUGAAAAGGCAAAGCAGGCAGUCUCCCAUUUAGACAUCUGCCUUCUAGGCCUCGCCAAAGUCUCUGUGCACUGUCUGCCUUUUUUUUUUAAAUUUUCUAUUUUUCCUGCAGAGACAGUUCCUUUUCUGGUCGGAAAGACACUUUCUAAACAGCAGCCUUUGCCUUCACCCGUAAGCCUCUAAACAUACAAUAACGCUGGACAGCUUGAACGGAACGAGUGAUGGGAUUCAAGGGGGUUGGGGUGGGGGGUGGUUGGAUCUCCAUGCUUCUUUGGUUGCGGAUGACAUCUGCUGGAUGAACGGUGUGCUUCUUGUACUGUGCUGGAGCCGCAAAAAAGUGCAAGAAGUCACAAUCUGUUGAGCUGAAAAGUCUUGACUGUUUUGCGGAAAGUGUGGCCUCCAGUCCAUGGGUAGAUCUCCUCCUACAGUCACUCAAGCCAUGUUUUCUUCUUCUGAUCCAAGACUCAAUGAGUUAUGGGCUCAUAGCAACAUUUCACAAUGUCUGAACUUUUACCCUUUUUUUUCCCUCUUACACUUUGAUUAUCCGUCAUCUGUGAUAUUGUAGUGUAUUUCAAGAGACAUAUAUUCUGUUUGUAAUUUUCACGUAAAAUGGAUUAGCACUGUAAGAGAAGAACAAAAAGAAAGUUUUGUGAUUUUGUGUACAUAAGGAGGUCCUUUUGAAAGAGGAUUUGCGCAGAGAAUGCAAAGAACUGACACCGUCAAUGCAACUUUUUCAGUAUGCAAUUUUAUAUCUUUUUCAUAUAUUUGUUAAUCAAUAAAAUGUUUUUUUUUUCACUUA